ACUGCUGCGAUUGUCUUUUAUUCCACAGAUUUGUUGCACAUGUUCAUCGAUUUCUGUGGAAUUUAGGGAAAGUAAUACCGAAAAUCUUGUUAAAAUGGGUGGUAUAGCAAGCAGAUACCGUGUUCACAAUUCAGGGCUUACCAGCACCGAUAUGAAAAACAUAGAAAGUGAGAGCAAACGUGAAAACCCGGGCACAUUGGAUGAAUUACAUAAAAAGACCAAAGAUGUAAUGCCAGUUAAUUUUGAAGGAGGCAAAUUAAUGGUGAAUAAGGGCAUUUCUAAUCAUUUCCAGAUGUCGCACACAUUAACAAUGAGUUCAGCACAAAACGGAUACAAAUUAGGAGCCACGUACAUCGGCACAAAGCAAAUCUCCCCAACAGAGGCAUUCCCCGUAGUGCUAGGAGAUGUAGACCCAGCCGGCAACGUCAACUUCAAUCUUAUACACCAGCUCACUUCGGAGAUCAGAGUCAAGGGUGCUGCUCAGAUUCAAGAAUGCAAGCUCACCGCCACGCAAGGCACUCUAGAGUACAAAGGCUCGGACUACACAAUUGCAAUGGCAGUUGGCAAGCCAGACUUCAGUGAAAAGUCUGCUGUCUUCGUGGGACACUAUUUACAGUCGGUGACGCGGCGGCUGGCGCUGGGAGCCGAGCUGGUGUACCAGGCGGGCGCGCGCGUCAUGGGCGGCGAGAUUGCCAUCGCGUCCGCUGCGGCCAGAUAUACCAUGGACGAUUCCGAAGUGUCAGCCACAUUAGGUGCUGCGGGCUUCCACUUGUGCUACUUUAAGCAAGCUAGUGAACAGUUACAGAUAGUAGCUGAGAUAGACACUUCGUUCCGUGGCAUGGAGUCCGUAGGCACUAUCGGUUAUCAAGUCACCAUACCUAAAGCUGAAUUGGUCUUCAGAGGCAUGGCAGACUCCAACUGGAACAUUGGAGCCGUUCUGGAAAAGAAACUCCAACCGCUUCCGUUCACAUUUGCCCUGUCCGGGAUGGCGAACCAGGCAAAACAACAGUUCAAGUUCGGCUGCGGACUCAUCAUCGGUUAAGACAGUGUGUGAUGUUAGUGCUUCACCAGUGAUGUUACUAUGGUGGAAUGGUAAAUGUACGGUGAACAUUUUGAUGCUAGCGACUGAUGCUUGGGUUAUAUUGAUACUUAGCAGUGGUUGUAUAAAACCUACUUAAAAAUAAGGUAAGUCCAUUUGACUGGGUAUUUUUAAAUUGUUUAAAUGGACUUGGUGAUUACAGUCCCAAUGUGUGUGCAAUUUCGUUACUAUUUAAUAAUGGAAACCCUUCACAAAGUCUAAUUAAGUCGCUAUUAUCUAAAUAUCACUUAUAUUUAUCAUUCUUAUCUCAAGAUGUGGUACAGGUCAGUGUCCUACAAUACAACUAACGUUAACCCAACAAAACUAAAUGGUAUCCCAAAACAUUUUAUAUCGAUGUUACAUUUAUCGAAUUUUAUUUUAGCAUUUAUACCCUAUACUUUUAUGUGCAAAAUUCCAUUUUAUUAAAUUAGCUAAGUCUCAUCACGUUUAGAGCUAAAAGUGUACCAUUGACAAAAUCAAGUUGCUCGAGUAAUAAAAUAUAUUGGUGACGAUUCAUGAUUGUGACAUAAAAUAAUUAUUGGUGUGGUGAUGAAGGAUGGUUGUAGUCACUUGUGUUGUUUAGUUUAAAACUACAGGCCAAUUCUGAUACUUGACAUCACAUGAACGGUAGGAACGGUUCAUGAUCUGAUGACAACAACUUUACUGAUGUCAGUGUUAGAAUUAGCCCCUUUGACUGUAUUUCUGCACUUUGUGUUGUGGAUGUGCGGUAAAGUUUGAUUUGGUCGCUCUCGUGUUGUAAUAAGAAUUUUCCCAAGACUAAAAAUGUUAAGAUAUGCCCAUAAUAAAAUGUUAUUCCGUUGACUCGCGACGAAAACAACGUAAUAAACUGUGUAGGUAUGUCGUUGCGCCGAGACUAUAAUUAUGCAGUUGUGAAUAAUGGAAAUCUUUAAAAACAAGUAUGUUCAAUGUCUCGAUUCUUUCUGAUAACAUAAACGAGAAUGAGUAUACGAUAUUUACAAUAUUUUACACAACCCACAACACAAACUGAUUUAAUUUUAAUUGCGAAUGCGCGAAACCUGCCAUCUUGUAUUGAGUUAUCGGUUUUUCUUAUAUACUUGUGCGUUUGUUGUAUAAAGAUUGCUACGCACCAGAACAGCAUUUAUGUAGACAUGCCACUCUAGGAGGAUUAUUUUCCACUUAAUUUUAUCGUAUACUAUAUGCUAUUUUUUACUAUAAAAUAAUAUAGUUAUUUUUAUUAAUGUUUUGAAGUGUGGUUGAGGUUUUUCAGCUCAAAAUAAUUGUAUUUGUAUGAAUGUUGCAGUAUUUGUUUUUCACACUACUCACCAAAGACCUUAUUGAUUUAUUUUGCUCAUAAAUUACUUUUCCUAAAUCCUUUUUCUUCUCCUCUGUAACGUGCAAUUUUAAGAACUGGCAAGUUAUCACACCAUAGACAAUAUUUUUGCCUUAACAAUGAUCGCAAACAGUUUUUAAUGAUUUUUUCUUUAAAAGCAAGUAUUGUCUAUGGACCGAAACCUAGAGUGGCUAACCUGAGUCCUAUCGCGAAGCGUUAUGUAUGAUUGUAGAUAGAAAAUGGCGUAAUGUAUAUAGGGCCUGUUGUUAAAAUGUUUAUUUUUAAUAGAGUUAUGUUAAUAAAUCAA